GAUGCAGACGUGGUUCCUGGCCGCCGCCCAGCAGAUGUCCCUCGUCACGCCGUUCGUCAUGUGGGCCGUGCACAGCCGCAGCAGCUCGGGGCGCUCGCCCUGGCGCGGCUGCGCGCCGCUGCUCCUGCUGCUCGCCGCGGCCUGCGCCGUGCUGUACGCCUGCACCGCGGCCUAUGCGCUGCUGCCCGCCACGCCCGUCUUCCCCAUGAUCCUGCAGCGGGGCAACCUGCUGCACAACGACAACUUCCUGAAGCAGUACCUGCCCACGCACACCAACGCUAUCUCCUACAUCGUAGGCCUGCUCGCUGGAGCCGUGGCCUACUUCGCUCGUGCAAGAGGGUGGUCCCCAUCGCAGUCCGCGCGCCGAGUGCUGUCCCUCGGCAUCCCAUUGGGGUACGUCCUCAUGAACGUGUCCAUCAUGCUGGGCGUCGUGUACCUCAUGUACGAGUCGGAGCGGCCUUGGCUGGAGGCCCUGUGGGCGCCCGCCAGGACGCUGGCGUUCUCCGUUCCCGUCGCCUGGGUCAUCGUCACCUGCAGCCUGGGCUGCGGAGGUCUGCUCGAGUGGUUUCUCAGCAGAACGCCAAUGCUCGUCCUGGGGCGCCUUGCCUACUGCGUCUACCUCUGCCACGUCACCUUGGUCAUCGCCACUUACGCGUACGCUCGACAGCCUCUCUUCGUCGGCAGAUACACCUUCUUUCAUGCAUGUGCGGGAGACAUCUUCCAGUCAUUCCUCUUCGGGUUCCUUCUUCACAUAACCGUCGAGGCACCCAUGUCCAAUGUUCUUAUGAUGUUGUAUUCUGGCGUUUCGAAAAAGAAUGUGGAGAAGCAAAGUGCAGUCGGGGAGAGCCCGGAUCAGCCGAUUUCCAUCUCUACCUUAGACGCUUCAGCAGUGGAAAGUCAAGUGUCAAAGUUGUAAUAAAAAGUGUACAUGCAUUUAUAUGUGCGCGGUUUCCGCCUACAAUGGAACGUAAUGUAUAAAAAUAAAUGAGGGUUUUGUACGAA